UCUUUAAAAAAAUACAUUGCGGGAAUAAAAUGUAUUUGUUCCGGAUUUUUACUAUCUGACCGGAAAAUGCUGGAUUAAGUUUCUAGAAUCUAUUUCCUGUUUUUGUUUUUGGCGGUGGAGAGCUACGCUAUUUUGAAAAGCUAGAAAACAAACGAACAAUUGUUAUGGCAGAAACACCAAAUGAAUUCAAGUUAAAGAAUGCCCCUGAAGAUGGAAUUUCUGCUGUCAAAUUUGGAACAACCAAUCAGUUUCUACUGGCCUCUUCUUGGGAUCAGACGGUCAGAUUGUACGAUGUUAUUUCCAACAACCUGAGGAUUAAAUAUAGUCAUUCAGAACCUGUGUUAGAUUGUUGCUUUUAUGAUGCAGUACAUUCAUACAGUGGAGGAUUAGACUGUACACUCAAAAUGUUUGACUUUAACACCAGCACAGAACAGAAUGUAGGUCAACAUGAUGACCCAAUUCGUUGUGUCGAGUACUGCCCAGAGGUCAAUGUCAUCAUCACAGGGAGCUGGGACUCCACAGUCAAACUGUGGGACCCCAGGGCGCCAUGUGCUGCGGGGUCCUUCAGUCAGCCGGACAAGGUGUACACGAUGUCUGUGUGUGGGGACAGGCUGGUGGUGGGGACUGCCGGGCGGAGGAUCCUGGUCUGGGACCUGAGGAACAUGGGAUACGUCCAACAGAGGAGGGAGUCCAGUCUCAAGUACCAGACACGCUGUAUCCGAUGCUUCCCCAACAAACAGGGAUACGUACUCAGCUCCAUUGAGGGAAGGGUAGCUGUAGAAUAUCUUGAUCCAAGCCCAGAGGUACAGAAAAGGAAGUAUGCAUUCAAGUGUCAUCGAAUCAAAGAGAAUGGUGUGGAGAAGAUAUAUCCUGUGAAUGCCAUUGCCUUCCACACACAUCACAACACGUUCGCCUCGGGGGGCUCCGAUGGAUUCGUCAACAUCUGGGACGGGUUUAACAAGAAAAGAUUGUGCCAGUUUCACAGGUAUCCCGCUGGAAUUGCGUCCCUUGCAUUUAGUCCGGAUGGUGCAGUACUAGCCAUUGCUUCCUCCUACAUGUAUGAAAACGACGAGCCUAUAGAACCAGUGGAAGAUGUGAUCUACAUCAGAAACGUCAGCGAUCAGGAAACCAAACCGAAAUCGUGACACUUUGUUAACGAUAAUGAUGAAUUGUGUUCGGGUACACAAGAUUUCCAGAAAUACUGCCAUCGUAGACCUACAGACCUCAUUGUUGACCUUAGAGUCGUAACUUAUGUUGUCCGUCAAUGUCACGUUAUAUAGAAAAUAUGGUCCAACUUUUGUUCGAUUUUGGGGGUUCGCUUUUUAUUAAGAAAAACUGCUUUAUUUUUACCAUGAGGAAUUUUUAUUCUGUGUAAAUAGCAUAAUUCAGUGACUCUUUAGGAAUGGAUUUUUACAGUUGUCCAACUUCUGCAUCUUGAAUUCACUGAAUAUUGGAAAUGAAUUAUUACAUUUAUCUAUAAGUGUGCUCCAUGUGUACAGUACUUUUCUCUUUUAGAUUAGAUGUCAUCCCUUUCAUAUUUAUCUUUCAUCAUGAAGAUGCAGUUUGACUUGAUGAUUGUGUUACGUAAUUGCAAAGAAUUGUUGUUUUUUUUUAUCAAUAGCUCCAGCAUUGUAUCGUAGGGAUGUUGACUUGUUCUAUAUGACAUCAUCAGUUUCAGUAUGACUGACACACAGAGAAUUCAUUGAUUGACAGGAACCAAAUUAUUAAUAACUUGUACAUAGAGGUUUCAAUGUGGAAUAAAAUUGUGAAUUGUU